ACGGGCUGCUUCUACUCCGCUUCAGGCCUUCUUAGGAACCAAAUGAGCAGUAUAUUGUUUUUUAUUUAAACAAAAAUCCAAAUGUCCCCUGUGCAUGGUGUGACUACGGCGAUGAAACGCAGUCGGGAGACUUCGGCUGCUGACGGGCUUUCACCUCUUCACGUUUUCAACCAAGCUUUGUGUGGUUCACAAUCACCAGUGGACGCAGCCUUCCAUGGAAACUUUCACCAGGACGAUGAGUCUGCCAUCAAAUCAGAGGCUGAGGACAGCAAUGAAAUGGCGUCCUCAGAAGAAGACCAGGAUGUGGACCAGAACGAGGAAUCGAGUGCCAAAGCGAGUUUGGCUUCCCCCAGGAAAAGCAUCAACAAGAUGAGUAAAGACAAGAAGAAGCAGACGCAGCUCACGUUGCAGUGGCUGGAGGAGAACUACAUUGUGUGCGAGGGUGUGUGUCUCCCUCGCUUCAUCCUCUACGCUCACUAUCUGGACUUCUGCAGAAAAGCCAAACUGGAGCCUGCCUGUGCUGCCACUUUCGGAAAAACCAUCCGACAGAAGUUCCCUCUCCUCACCACAAGAAGACUAGGAACCAGGGGACAUUCCAAGUAUCAUUACUACGGCAUCGGCAUCAAAGAGAGCAGUGCUUACUAUCACUCUGUUUAUUCCGGGAAAGGUUUGACCAGAUUUUCCGGAAGCAAGAUGAAGAAUGAGGGAGGCUUCACCCGGAAAUACUCCCUCAGCUCCAAAACAGGAACUCUGCUGCCGGAAUUCCCCAGCGCUCAGCAUCUUAUUCUGAGGAACAACAUCUCCAGGGAAAAGGUCGACACGCUGAUCAUGAUGUACAAAACUCACUGCCAGUGCAUCCUGGACAACGCCAUCAACGUCAACUUUGGCGAGAUCCAGAACUUCCUGCUGCACUUCUGGCAGGGCAUGCCCGAGCACCUGCUGCCGCUGCUGGACAAUCCCCCCCUAGUGGACAUCUUGUGCGUGUGUGACUCCAUCUUGUACAAGGUUUUAACCGAUGUCCUCAUUCCCGCCACAAUGCAAGAGAUGCCCGAAAGCCUGCUAGCGGACAUCCGCAGCUUUGCCAAGCACUGGGAACUGUGGCUGGCCUCCUCCCUGGACAACCUCCCCGGAUGCCUCGCCGCCAAGAAGCUGCCCGUCGCGCGCCGCUUCGUGUCCUCCCUCAAGCGGCAGACGUCCUUCUUGCACCUGGCGCAGAUCGCCCGUCCGGCGCUGUUUGACCAAAGCGUGGUGAGCAACAUGGUGGCCGACAUGGACAAGGUGGACCUGAACAGCAUCAGCCUGCACUCGCUGCUCAGCAUCAGCGCCAACGCCGAGCAGCUGCACGACGCGUACUCCGACUGUGAGUGGCCGCGUGACCGAUCGGAACUUUGCGUCAACCGAGUGUUUCCCGCAGACGAGGCCAUCGCCAUCUUCCAGGAGCUGAAGGAGCUUCUGAGGAAGAACGCCACCGUGGAGUCCUUCGUGGAGUGGCUGGACACGGUGGUGGAGCACAAAGUCAUAAAGCCGGGCAAGCAGAGCUGCCGCUCGGUGGAGAAGCGAGCUCAGGACUUUUUGCUGCGCUGGAGCUUCUUUGGCGCCCGCGUGAUGCACAACCUGACGCUCAACAACGCCGCCAGCUUCGGUUCCUUCCAUCUGAUCCGGAUGCUUUUGGACGAGUACAUCCUGCUGGCGCUGGAAACCCAGUUCAACAAUGACAAGGAGCACGACCUGCAGAACCUUCUGGACAAACACAUGAAGAAAGAAGGAGCCAGCAAAGCCACCUUCUUGGCAUCUCCCAGUUCCUGCUUCCUAGCCAAUCGUAACAAAGGGGCGUCCGUCGACCAAUCGGUGAAGAGCGAGGCCUCGAGACGGGACGCCUCUGCGUCUCUGGCGACCAAUUGGCAGCAGAGGCUGGACUCGGGCGCCGCCGCCGUCUUGCCGCUGUCGGAUUCUGUCGGCUUCCCCGGUGCAGGUCCGGCCGACUUUUGCGCUUCUGUCAUGACGCCGCCCACUUCUCCGCCGGCGCUGGUGCACAGAAACUCGGUCAUCAACCAGGGGACCCGAGCCCCGACUUCUUCCUGCUCCUCUUUGUCGUCGUCCUCCUCCUACCUCUCGGCGCCGGGCAACAUCUGCGCCGCCUUCCCGGAGACUUUGUACCCUUGCUCAGCCUACUUCCCUCCGACUGCAUCCGCCUACCAACCUGGACUCAGGCCCGAGGCAGAGAGCACGUUCUCGUCUUCCGUCCCGACGUCCUCCUUAGCCUACCAGCUGUGUUGCUACCCGACCUUUGAGGACCAGCAGCCGCCCGCCAAAGACUUUUUCUACGGGGACGCCCAUCAUCUGUCCUCGUCCGCCGCGGGUCCCGCUUGCUACGGCUCCAUAUCGGACCCCGUGGUCAGCGAUCCUGGUCUGGAGCUUCAGACGGCGGCGGCUCAGGUCCUGGAAGCCGCCGAUGGCAUGGCCUUCGGACUCAGCCACUCCGCUGGCGCUGGUGGCGGCACGGGACAAACGUAUUCUGCCGCAGCUCCAAGUGAUUACUACGGCAACGGCAGCUACCUGGAGAGCCAGCGGAUGGCGCCAGCGGCCGAGCAGCACGUGUCGGUCAUCAGCGGCGUCAGCCCCCUCCUGCUGCUUCGCUCGCCGUUCUCGGACGUCCACGACCCGCUCAAUAUCCUCGACCGGCCCGGCAGGAAGAGCGGAACCUUCUUCAGCGACGUCCGCAGCGCGCCGGGGUCGGCCCCCUGCAUGUACGCCGUGUCUGCCGCCGCGCAGUUCACCUCCCAGGACGCUUCCUUGUCUCAGCGGCGGGACCCAGUUUCUUCGCUGCCCCCCAUCGACACAGUCUUUAUGGGUGCCCCGGGCGUGCCGUGACACUGAGCUCGCCCACCAUUUGGCAGUGAGUCAAAAAUAUCUGAUGACACUCCAAUUUAAUCUAGUCAUAUAAAUAAUGAAUAUACCUGAUGUAAAAGAAGCCUCAAAUUCAAAAUCAAUCAAAAGACGCGGCCGCCGCCGCCUCCUUAUCUGCCGCCUCGGUGGCAGAUGGCGACGCGUGUGCGCGCUACAGCGCGUUACGCCGUCAAGUACUUUUAAUGACACGGUCAAUAACAGUGGCCCACAAUCGGCCCCGCUGCUCGUGUGAAAACAACAGAAGGCCCAAGGCAAACUUUGGGACAAUGUUUAACCGCAAGCACCCCCCAGAUGACCACGUAUAGUAAGGCUUCAUUUAGUACGAAAAUAACUUGUGCAACGGAAAGAAGGCCCAGCGGAGGUUGUACUUUCUGAGACAGCUCAGGAAGUUCAAGCUGUCACAUGAGCUGCUCAAGACCUUCUACACUGCCAUCAUCCAAUCUAUCCUUUGCACGUUCAUCACUGUCUGGUUUGGAACGGACACCAAACAAGACAAGCACAGACUGCAAAGGACAAUCAGCACUGCGGGAAAGAUCAUCGGGACCAUCUAUCCGAGAUUUGUACCUGUCCAGGACCAGGAAACGUGCAAGUAACAGCUCUACAGAAUCUUCUCACCCAGGUCAGUUUGAACUACUGCCCUCCAGAUGGCGUUACAGAGCGCUGUACGCCAAAAGCAGCAGACACCGGACCCAGCUUCUUCUCCCAGGAUGUUGCUCUGAUGAACUCACACCACUCAGAGACAUCACAUCCUGCUCUUGUCACUUAAAUGUUGUACAGAGGCUGAGAUCAACCCGAGUCAAAUUCCUUGUUUGGCAUGCACAAACUUGGCCAAUAAAAGCUGAUUGAUUGAUUGAUUGAAAACUUCCUGAACACAAAAGCGCGUCUUUGACAUCUUGCAGAAAGGACACGCCCACAUCAUGCAUCCAACACUAGUUGUGAUGAUUAAGUAAAAACGCAUAAAAGACAAAUGUCAAUCAAACUGUUGCUGCAACCAAUCCGAUUUUGAGUUGGUCACACCAACGCCCUCUAGAGGGCGUACGGAAUCGUCAGCGUAUUCACACGCUUGAUUGGCUAGUCAGACAGCUAGCCUACUAGCCAGCGCUAGCUAGCAAACUGCAUCUGUCGCGAGCUGCACAAGCAAACAUAUUGUUGUGUUGAUUUAAGAGCUCUUUUGUCAACCCACGAUGAUUGAACGAGGAGAAGAAAUGGAUUUGCUUGUAUUAGCAUUAGCUUCGAAGGCGAUAGAAAAGGAUGAAAGUGAAACGCACGGAUAAUCUGCACGACAGGAAAGAAAGGAGGAUGGAUUUUGUGUACAAAUAAUCUGGAUUUUUGGUGAGUAAAAUGUUGCUAUAUUUCGAAAUGAUAUUGCAAUUUUAUCAGAUUAUUUUUUUUAUGCAUUUUUUAAUGUGUCGGUGUGAAAUGCACUGCCCGCCACUGGUAUAUACGUUGUUUUUUGUUA